AUGAGGUCGGAAAUGAGCAUGUUCCACAAUGGGAAGAUGGUACCGACAGAAUCCCCUGAUAUUGCUCAAGAGAACUCGGACGCUCGGAUGACGGCGGAACAGGGCUGCAGGAACACUCGAGUCCGUGUCAGAGACGUGGUGAUCAUCCGGGGUAGUGACACAAGUCGUCGCACCAGGCUGGCUUUGGUACGGAGGCUGUUCCAGAAACCAUCGCCGACUUCAGUCUCCAUCCGUCAAUACCUCCAUGUCCAUUGGAUGAGCGAAUCUCCACUCGGCCUCAGGAACGAGCUCUUUCUACUGGAAGGACAAUGUGCAGACGUGCCUGCUCGGCUGGUUUCAGAAUCGAUUCCAUACACAUUUGGGCGACAUAAAGCGAAAGCGGGGAGGGUCAACGAACGGUUUUACCGUUUCGUCCUGUCUACAUCUCCCUUGGUCAUUCGCGAUCCUCGCACCGAUGUAAGAUGCGAUGCCUGCUCUGCGAAAGUUCAGCUCCGAGAGCAAACCCACGCGAAACCCUUGACAGUGGACCUUUCAUUGUCAGAAGCACCUACUCAGACACAAGGCUUGUCUUACAGGGCAUUCGAUCUUCAUCGGCAUGAUUUCGUCUUCUUGGAUUCGGGAGCAGCCGGACAAGAAUGGACCAUCGGGCAGAUCCUCAACUGUCCUGAUCUUAGAGGAGAGACCGAGGCAGUGAAUGUCAUUCUUCGAGUGAAAAUCUUUUCGAGGCGGAAGAAGGACGAACCUCAAGUACUGUCCACGAACGAGAUACGGGAUGUCCGUCUUGAGACCGUGGUCGGAAAAUGCCGCAUCAUCUCACCGGAGACAGACUUCGACCCUCACCUGGAUCCUUUCGGUAUCCAGUGCGACAAGGCUAUUUCACACUGCCGAAGCUGCAAGAUCAAGCCAGUAGCUCCAGGAGCAGCUCCAAGGUUGCCCUGCAUGGAUCUAUAUACCGGUGGAGGAGGGACGAUACUAGGAGCUCGUCCGUAUUUCAACCCGAUCACGGCCAUCGAUAAUGAUGAAACAUCUUGUCAGACCCUCAGCCAGAACUUUCCGGAGAUGAAGGUCGAGGGCGCAAAGGUGGCCGACUUGCAUCAUGAAGCACAAUAUAAGCGGGGACCUUUACCCAAGAAAGGCUCCAUCUUCAUGCUCACUGCUUGUCCUCCAUGUCAAAGUCACUCCGGUGCCAAUCUCCACAAGUCUGCGACAGACUAUGGACCCAAUGAACUCUUUGUGACUUUCUCAGAAUGCGCCAGAUUGCGACCGGACAUUUUCGUAUUUGAGAAUGUGCCGGGUUUCCUGAGCCACCGUGACGAUGGGACGUUUGUGGUGGACGGUAUCAAAUCUUCUGGAAAGCGCAGCUUCGCUCAAAUGGCCAUUGAGCUCCUGAUCGAGAGCGGAUACCAGUUCAGAUUGGCAGUGUUGGAUAGUCGAAGUUAUGGAUCACCCCAGAACCGAAGACGUUGCUUCAUCCUUGCAGCUAGAUCUGGCGUGACUCUACCGUCCUUUCCACAACCCACGCAUGCCAAUCCAGGAGUCAGAUCAACCAAGUUAUCCAGCUCAAUGAUGAUGGCGGGCGAGUCGCGAGAGACCAAAUAUCACAUUGGCCGUGGCACACCGGGAACUGGUCCAUACCCAGCUGUCACGGUGCGAGACGCAAUUGGUGACUUGCCGCCGUUCCAUUUUAGAAUAAGUGGCAUGCCCCAUUCACGGGUUCCAACAUUCGACGCUAUGCGCCAUGGUCAUCGGGGAGAGAUGAAGGCCGGCUUCGGACACACAGCAUAUGCCUCGGAUCCUUUAACACGGUACCAAAGGGAAUUGCGGGGUGACAAUCGAGUCAUUGUCGACCAUUUCACACCACCAAGAAGCGCUUCUGAACUACAGCUUAUCAGACAAGCAUUCGAAGCGCCUCAAGCUGUCGUCGUAGAAGGAAACGCUCGAAGAGUGGAUCCCAAUGGUGGCUUUUAUACCCUGAUGACGAGUUCUGCGCCAGGCCACAAGAACACAGGACCGAUCCACUAUUCCCAACAUCGGACGUUUACAAUAGCGGAGAGGAAAAGAGCGCAAGGUGUUCCUGAUGGAUACAAGCUUGCAGGGACGGUCUUCGAGCAGGAUCGUCAGCUGGGUAACAUGGUCGAUGUGAAUAUCGGCAAAGCCAUCUACGGGAGCAUCUACAAGGAGGUUGUCGUUUCUCGAUGGGAAGCAAUGGGCAGACCAGCAGACUUUGCAGAUGUUUGGCGUGAGAAGUCUCGCUCAUAUGGCGGAAAUGAAUGA